UUAUUAAAAAAUUUCCAUUAUGUAUGCAAUUUUGUUAAUUUUGUUUGAAGGUUAAAAAUGUAAUUAUGUACUCGAUUCCGUUGCAGGGUUUAGUACAGUACUUCAAUCUGGUAGAGGAAUGCCUAACCAUGAUCCAAUCACAUCAGCAGCGACGCAACUUCACGUACGACUGGAUAGUCCGGACCCGGGUAGAUGGGUACUGGAACGCCCCGUUAACACCGGAAAAUUUCAUUCCGGGAAAAUACGUGGUCCCCACCGGAUCCAGCUACGGUGGACUGAACGACCGUUUCGGGAUCGGUGACUUCAACACCUCCAUAGCAGCACUCUCGCGGCUUUCUCUCAUCCCCGAGCUUGACUCGGCCGGGUUCAGCCAACUCAAUUCGGAAUCCGCGCUCAAAGCUCAACUCAUCACCCGAAAGGUGCAGUACGCCAGGAAACGAUUGCCGUUCUGCAUUGUGUCGGAGAGAAAGUAUGUGUUUCCGCCUUCCCGUUUGGGAGUGCCCGUGGCGGCGUUAGCCAGCCCCGGACCGCUCAGCGGGGCGAAGUGCCGGCCGUGUACACCGGUGUGUCAGGGUCCGUGCGUGGCAGAUGUGAUGCUACCCCUUUUUACAGAGUGGGGCUGGACGUACUGGAGGAAUGGGACUAUUGAGCUCUGUGACGCUCACCGCGAGUGGGAGAAAGGAUGGGAAAAGAUUUUCGACGGAGUUGUUGGCGAGAAGCUUGCAGCGGAGAGGAGGCGGGUGAAAGAUUUGAAGUUUGAGGAGUGCGUUGGCGAUUUUGGAAAAAUGAAGAGAAGAGCUUCCAGCUGGGAGUCCCCGCCGGUGGAGGAGAUCUGUAGACUGGGCCUGGGGAUGACGCAAAUGUGAUUUUGCAAACUUGGGUUUCAUUUUCCAAAAGAAAAGGCAUGACUAAAA